AUGGACACAACUAUAGGGGUGCUGUGUAACUCACUUGUUGCUACAAGACAGAUCCCAGAUCAGUCAGGGGGAGGAGUGCUGUCCAUCUCAGUCCAUUACAUCGUCCCAGGCACCGCAACCGAAAAGAACAUUACAGAAAACAAGUUAAACGCUUUCAUUCAGUCAGACACAAUUUUAGAAGUUCUUCAUUUCGGUGAAGGUAGUCUUUUACAGGCAGAGUCUGACAUUGAUUUUAGUUUAUAUCAUCAACAAAGCACAUCCCCGCAUCGUGGGAACUGCCGACCUAUACGAUUUGAACCUCCAAUGUUGGACUUUCACGAACAACCAGUUGGAAUGCCAAAAAUGGAAAAAGUUUAUUUACAUAAUCCUAGCUCAGAAGAAAUAAGUUUGAUAUCAAUAUCAGCGACAACCGCACAUUUCCACGCAUCCUUUUUUCAAAAUAGGAUAAUACCACCUGGAGGAAACACAUCCUUCGAUGUGGUAUUUCUUGCUCGAGUGGUUGGAAAUGUAGAAAACACUUUAUUUAUUAACACAUCACAUCAUGGAAUGUUUACAUACCAGGUGUUUGGGGUCGGUAUUCCCAAUCCAUACAGACUGCGGCCGUUCAUUGGGGCUCGAGUGCCAGUAAACAGCAGCUUUUCACCUCUAAUAAAUAUUCACAACCCAUACAGUGAACCGCUGCAGGUUGUUGAAAUGUACUCCAGCGGGGGAGAUCUCCAUCUUGAACUUCCCACUGGGCAACAGGGAGGCACUGGAAAAUUAUGGGAAAUACCUCCAUUUGAGACAAAGGGUGUGAUGAGGGCGAGCUUCUCGUCCCGAGAUGCGGACAACCACACAGCUUUCAUCAGGAUUAAAACCAACGCCCCAAACGAGGACCAGUUCAUCAUUCUGCCUGUAGAAGUAGAGGUCACUUCAGCCCCUGGUAUUUACUCCUCAACAGAGAUGCUUGACUUUGGUACACUGCGUUCACAAGAUCGUCCAAAGCUGCUGAAUCUACACUUAUUGAAUUCAGGGACAAAAGAUGUACCAAUAACGAGUGUUCGCACAACACCUUCAAAUGAAGCUGUCACGGUGGACUUCAAGGCUGUGACGCUAAAAGCCGGAGAGAGCAGAUAUACAAAAGUCGCAAGUAUUAGUUUUGACGCUUCAAAAGCAAGAAGGCCAUAUCAGUUUUCUGGUAAAAUAACAGUGAAAGCAAAAGAGAAGAGCUACUCCAAACUUGAAAUCCCUUAUCAGGCAGAAGUUCUAGAGGGCUACCUGGGAUUUGACCAUACAGCCACAUUGUUCCACAUCAGGGACAGUCCUGUAGACCCUGUGAACAAACCCAUCUACCUGACAAAUGCCUUUAAUUUUGCAAUCCAAAUACACAACGUUUCCUUGCCCGAAGAGGCCAAAACUAUGUUCAACGUGCACAACUUCACCGCGCCUAUAGUCAUCCCCCAGCACGAGUCGCGGUACAUCUUUUCUCUGCUCUUCCAGCCGGUCCGACCUUCCAUUCACAUAGACAGCAACAUCCUGCUCAUUACAAAUGCAUCCAAGUUUCACCUGCCUGUCCGGGCUUACACAGGCUUCCUGGAGCCUCUGGUGCUCCCUCCCAGUGUGAACGAAAACCUUCUGGACUUCGGUGUCCGCAGUGCAACAGACACCAGCAGCAUCACGUUUGUGGUGGUCAACAGUAAUCCCAUAGAGUUGGAGAUCAAAUCCUGGUUGGUCACUGGCGACAGUCUGUCCAUGGAGCUUUUAAAGACCGAGAAAGGAAACACAACAGUAGCCCUGGGUCGCUUGCGGGAGCUGCAGAACACAACAGCGUCACCUCUAAAAACUGUGAUAUUAGCAUCAGGCUACUACGCAGCCUUCAGAGUGACACUCGUGGCCAACGCCCUGGAGGGCACCUACGACGGAGCCUUACAUAUUACCACAGAUUACGAGAUAUUAACCAUCCCAGUGAAAGCUCUGAUCGCGGUGGGCACAUUAUCCAGCUCGCCCAAACACAUCGUUUUACCACCUACGUUUCCGGGCAAAGUAGUUCAUCAGGGCUUCAGCAUACAGAGCUCAUUCACACAGAAAGUUAGACUCCAGCAGAUUCGCUCACUCACAGAAGACAUACGCUUUUACUACAAACGCCUGCGCAACAACAAAGAUGAGCUGGAGCCCAGAAGAAAAUCUAAGGUGGCAAAUAUUUAUUUUGACGCCAGCUUACAAUGUGGUGAUCACUGUUAUGUGGGGUUGCCAUUUGUGCUCAAAUCUGAGGCUAAGCCUCACGGGCUGGUGUUGCAGGAAGAUAUAUGGGACGCUGAUGUAGAUCUUCAUCAGAAGCUUCUUAGAAGAUGGAAAGAGCUGCAAGAACGAGAAGGACACAAGAUUGAAGCGGUCUUUGAAGUCAACACAGAUCUCCAAAAAAAUGUCCAAGCUAAAAUUACAGCACAUCUAAACUGGCCGUCUCUCGUUAACUCCUCCAAGCGAAUUACAUUUCCUUUGACGAACACAAACAGCUCCUCGAAUGAGGUAGUUAUUUUACAGAACCCUGCUGACGUCCCCGUCUACGUUCAAGUUCUCCCUUUGGCGCUGUUGCCCAAUCCCUCUGUGUUUUCUGGAAAACUGGCUGACAGGUUUCCUCUGGGAAAUUUGUCCAACAUUAACAUUGACACGAACACCUUGGAGUUCCAGGUUCACAGAAACCACACUUCCUUAAUGAAGACCAGCACUGGGUUCAUAGAGGGCUCAACAAGACCAUAUGUGUAUAACCUCCUCCUGCAGCCCGGUGAAGUGAAGUCAUUCAGUGUGAAGUUCACUCCCAUUAGCAAUCACAGCGUCUCCUCCCUUCUCAUAGUCAGGAACAAUCUGACCGUGAUCGACACGAUCAUCCUUCACGGGCGAGGUACAACAGAGAGUCUGAAAGUUGCUGGGAAGCCUCCAGGACAGGGCAGCUCACUGAGGUUUAAAAUAACUGAGGGACUCCUGAAAGACUGCACAGAAAGAGUCAAGGUCAAAGAGCCAAAUUUCUCCCUCAAAAGAACAUUCAGAGUGGAGAACACGGGCCUGCUGCCCAUCACGAUCCGAUCUGCAGAAAUCAACGGACAGGUCUGCGAAGGAUACGGCUUCAAGGUUCUCAACUGUCAGGAGUUUGUGCUCAAACCAAACGCUUCUAAAGACCUCGUCAUCCUGUUUACACCUGAUUUCACUUCAUCUCGUGUGAUCCGCGAGCUGAAGUUGAUCACCUGUGGAGGCUCAGAGUUUGUGUUUGUCCUGAAUGCGUCUCUGCCGUACCACCUGUUGGCUACAUGUGCCGAGACCCUUCCCCGACCAAACUGGGAGCUGGAGCUCUACAUCAUAGUUUCCCUUAUUAUGAGCACCAUGUUUUUGUUGGUGAUUGCCGCAGCCUACCUGGAGGCUCAAAGCAUUUGGGAGCCAUUUAAACGACGUUUAUCUGUGGAAUCCAAUACCUCUUUGGAGACCGGGAGACCAUUUAAUCUCAGGGAGAUUGUGCAAUUCCAAAAUGAUUCAAAAUUAAACGAUUUUGAUUCAACUCCGAACUCUAGAGGAUUAUGUUCGUCCAGCAACGGAGCAGCCCGCAUUGGAGGCCGACAUGGCAACAGUCGGUACCUACCAGACUCGGACAGCCAAGAUAAGAGGUCCAGAAUGAGCUUUGGCCGCUCAGCUAUGCAAGCUGCUUCCUCCCAGCUUACCAAAGGAAGCACAACCUCAGGCAACGAAGGUCCACCUGCUCCCAGCCAACUCACAAACCGCAAAUCUCGGAGCACCAAGCAGGCGGAUCUCCAUAAUCAGAGUUCGGCGGGCUCGUCACCACCCCAACGGGGGCUCUUAACUGAAGAAGCGGAAUUUGAGAAGCUAAUAGGAGCCAUGGACAGCGACCUCGAUAGACCUGUGACAGUCUCUGCUGAGGCGCCACAGGAUGCCAGCUGUCUGUCCAUACAAAAUAAAGUACUGGAGUCCAAGGGGAAGCUGAGGGCAAAAACAAAAGCACAAAGAAAGAAAGAAGAGAAAGAGAAAAGAUUGUCGUCAAAAACACAGGGGGACGAGCUGAAAGAAAACAUGGCCGACAAUGACGACAGCUCCUCCACUACCACAGAGACCUCCAACCCCGAUCUGGAGACAAACAUACGGGAGGAACCGGUAAUAAAGAAAGGAAGGACGGCAACUUUUCCUAAAGUAAAAGAAGAAACUUCAUCCUUAAUAAUCAAACCCAAAUCAAAGAAACAAAUCAUUCCAAAGAAAGAACCCCAAGCAGAAAAAUCCAGUUCUCUGGAGUUGCCGUAUGUCACGCGUCUGGAGAACAAACAACGCAAAAGUUUCACACCCAAAAACUUGCAUCCUCUCACCAACCUGCCAAAGUCCAAACCUCUGCAGAAGCAAAGAUCAGAUGGGAAGCUGGACGACGGGCGUCCCUCCAUUUUGGCAAAACUGUUGUCCACCGGCUCGGCACCUGAACCGGGACACAGCAGCAGCUCUGAAGGCGAGAAAGAGUUUGCUUCUCCAGAGUGGGAUGUGCCUCUUCCGAAAAACAGCAUUCCGGAAGCAGACAGUCUCCAGCAGCUGUCACUCCAAACGUUGAAUGCAGACCUGUUCUUGAAGAGAUCUGCCACAGCCGGGGCCUGUUCACCACCACCACCCACGUCCCCCAGUCUGCUGUCCCGAGGGACCUACAGCAGCGUACUCAACAGCAACAGCGAGGGACACCAGAAGAAGGCUCCAGGAAACAAAGUGGCUCUCGCUGCUCCGCUCCCAGGCAAAAACGUCAACCUUACAUUUGCUGCUGUGGCUGCUGGUUAUGACAAAAGCCCAGGUGGCUCUGGUGCAGGUAAACCUGACAACCAAGUCAAGAGUCUGGCCCACAUGACGUCGGUGGAAAGUGACAGCUCUGACAGUCCCGGACUGUGGAGCCCCAUUGACAACACCAGCGGUCAAAACUACCAGUCGGCCAACUCCUUCUCAGCUUUUGGACCCAACAACUCCUUCAACUUGACAGGAGUUUUCACUGAGAUGAAUCUCCCCAAGUCGCCGGAGCCUCAGCAGAAGUGGUCCGAGUUCAGCCCCGUGUCCUCUUCAAUCUGGGACAUACAGAGCAGCGAGUCCCUGCACUCUUGGCCCAGCAGCUCCAGCUCGCCCACGGCCCCGACCGCAGUAAGAACACACACGUGUUUGUUAGUGUACCCCCGCUUUUACACAGAACCCCUCUGGCGGUUAGAACUUUGGGCCAACAAACAAAACAUUUAA